AUGUCCUUGACACCAGAACAAGCUCGCGCACUCUGGGACGCGGGAGGCUUUGCGCUCAUCCAGGGCCUGCCGCGCGGCUCCGAGGUCGGCAUGGACGGGACGUAUCAUGUCGCAAACGUCUUUUCGGGAACCAAGUUUGUGCCUCCAGGCCUGCACAUGAUGGUGUGGGCUCCUUCGCCGAAGACUGCGCCAGCGCACAAUCCGACCGAAGGGGCCAAGAUCGAAGAGAUCCCCGAGGGACAGACCGACGCUGGACCGGGCAUCCCGGACGCUGCGGCGCUUCCGUUGCGUGCGGCGUACGUGCACGUAUGGGAACCGAAAGAGCGUAUCGGACUCCAGUUCGAUCCCGCAUCCGAGAACACGAGCGCACCGCGGACGAACAUCCCCGAGGGAGAGCUGAGGGAGCUUGACCCGCAGCUUGCGCCGUAUCCCUUUGCGGGUCUGAACGGAUGGAAGUCCCUCACGACGUGCAUCAGCAAGGCUGUUGUCGAGAAGGCUAUUCCGGGAGGCAAGGUCGAUGCCAUGUCGCAGGUCAAGGGCGAAGCGUUCGAUGCGAAGGACAAGGAUGCGGCGGCGCAGGAAUUUCUCGCAUCCACGCAGGCGAGUGCCGGUGCUCCCGAACUCCACCUCUCCGUGUUUGAUCUGCGGAGGUCUUGGCCUGAGGGAAGCGAGGCGGGUGACGUUAGUAGAUGGAGCGUGGACAAGAGCAAGCUCUGGGAGCGCCUUGCUGGCGAGGCCGGAGGUAAGCUGCCUAGCGCUGCCGGAGAGCUGACGACAGGCCCCCGCGCACUGCUCGGUCAGCUGCAGUUGAGCUUCCUGCUGCUGACAAAUGUAUGGUGCUACGCCGCCCUGGCGCCGUAUAAGCGUCUUCUAGCUGUGAUGUGUCGAUCAAAACUCGCCAUUGCUCAGCCGGAACGCUUCCCGUCCGGUCAGGCGAACGAUAAUGUAAGCUUUUGGGGGUCCUUCGCAGCUGACAAACAGGCGCGAGAGUGCGUGCUCGAGCUGAUCCGCACGCUGGCGGCGCAGCUUACGUCUCUCCCCGAAACAGCGUUCGACACCGAGCUUCCGUCGGUCGACACCUUCCUCCAGAGUGAGAUCGAGCAGCUGCGGCAGAAUGUGAGCGCCGCCCUCGCAGAGCCGGGCUGGUGGGGUCUUGCGCAGCGUGUCGCGCGCGAGUGGCAGGGCCUGCAGCAGGCCGGAGCACGCUUCGGAUGGGACAUCGAGGCACUAGGCAGCGGCGACGAUGACGAGGAUGAGGAGGGCGAGUAUGCCCCGCAGGUCGUCGAGAUGACCGAGGAUUGA